AUGGCUUCGACUGUAAACUCGAAGCAAACAGCCGUAAACGGUGAAUUACCGUCGAGUGCACAACCGUGUCCGUGCGAAAUACCUAAAAUGGAAAAUAAAGUUGCCGUUGUUUUGGGUGCUCAAUGGGGUGACGAGGGAAAAGGAAAAGUUGUGGAUUUAUUGGCUGUUAACUGUGACAUCGUGUGUCGUUGUCAGGGUGGUAACAAUGCUGGACACACCGUAGUCGUCGACGGCAAGGAGUUCGAUUUCCACUUACUACCAAGUGGUAUCAUCAAUCCGAAAUGUAUCUCCCUUAUUGGCAACGGUGUGGUUAUCCAUCUCCCUGGGCUCUUCGAGGAGUUGAAGAAGAACGAGUUGAAAGGCAUGAAGGGCUGGCAGGACAGACUCAUCAUAUCAGACAGAGCUCACCUCGUCUUCGACAUGCACCAACAGGUGGAUGGUCUUCAAGAGGCUGAGAAGGGCAAGAACUCGUUAGGUACCACAAAGAAGGGCAUUGGCCCAACUUACUCGUCUAAGGCCACCCGUAAUGGACUGCGGAUAGGAGACCUACUCGGUGACUCCGCUAUGUUUGAGGAGAAGUUCCGCACUCUAGCAGCUAACUACAAGAGAAUGUUCCCGUCUCUCGAAGUAGACAUUGAUGGUGAACUGGCUCGCUAUCGUGAGUACGCUGAGAAGAUCAGGCCUAUGGUCAGAGACACCGUCUCCUAUCUCCACAAGGCCAUCGGGGAAGGAAAGAAAGUAUUGGUCGAAGGAGCUAACGCUGCUAUGUUGGAUAUAGAUUUUGGUACCUACCCGUACGUGACGUCAUCAAACUGCAGUAUCGGUGGAGUGUGCACCGGCCUGGGCCUGUCUCCGCGCGUCAUCGGCGACGUGCUCGGCGUCGUGAAGGCGUAUACGACACGUGUUGGCGACGGACCCUUCCCUACUGAGUUGCAUGAUGACACAGGCAAACUGCUCCAGGAGCGCGGUCACGAGGUGGGAGUGACGACGAAGCGCGUGCGGCGCUGUGGCUGGCUCGACCUCGUCGUCGUGCGGUACACCGCCAUGGUCAACGGGUACACCUCGCUAUGUCUCACAAAGAUGGACAUCCUAGACACGUUGCAGGAGAUCAAGAUCGGCGUAGCGUACAAGCUGAACGGCAAGAAGAUUGAAUACUUCCCUUCGUCGAUGACCGAGCUCAGCAGUGUGGAGGUGGAGUACAUCACGUUACCUGGAUGGGCGUGCAGUAUAGAAGACGUGCGGGAACUGAGCAAGCUGCCUGAACAAGCCAGGAACUACGUGAAGGCCAUCGAGAACUUCCUACAAAUACCUGUUAAAUUCAUCGGCGUGGGCCAAGGCCGGGAAUCCAUUAUCAGCACGGAUGAAGCUUAA